AUGGGUGCUAAACAGAGCAAACGCUCAGUUGAUAUAAGCGGUAAGGAGGCUGAGAGUGCAGGAGAGGUGGCGGCGUCGAUCGCGGGUGGCGAAGGCCGCUUGGAGCCACUGGCCGAUGCCGACGCAUUGAAACCACAGCUUAACGGGGAUGCACACAUACACGAUACGGAGGAAAAGCAAAAAGAUGUCGAUAGUGGCACCCCAGAAAAUGAAAAAGAUGCUACAACAGAGAAAGAAACAAAACAACAAGAGGAGGAUAAGGAAGCGGCUCCUUUAACAAAUGGAGAAAGUGAACAAAAAGUGGAGAAUGGAGAAUCCACUCCCACACCAGAAGACGGCAAGAAACCUAAAAAGGAGAAGGUCAAGAAGAAAUGGUCGCUCAGGUCAAUCAGUUUUAGCAGAAAAGAUAAGCCUAAACAAGAGAAAAAACCUAAAGAUGAAGAACCCAAAUUAAAUGGCGAACCAGAGAAGGUACCUGAGGAGACGGCCGAUGUCGCUUCUGAAGUGCCUGUCGUUCCUGAAACAGCUGAAGAAGUAAAGACAGCAACCGACAUUAAAGAAGAUAAAACGCCAGAAACUCCAGUGACCGAACCAAUCACUAACGGAAGUUCUACCCCAGAGUCGCCUAAAGCUGAGACACCCGUCGUCGAAGAAGCUGCCGCUCCGAGUCCUGUCAUUGAAAGGCCACAAUCUAAAACGGAAGUAGAACCUGAGCAGUUACCAGUAAAUGGGCUUUCCAUAGCAGAGCCUACUGAGAAAACAACUGAAAUUGUGAAAAAUGAGGACAUCAAAGAAGCAUCCACCGCUGAAACAACAGAACCUGUACCUGAAAUUUCCGUCAAGAAAGAGGUUUGUGUUGAACAAAUGCCUUUGAUAGAUUCCACGCCUCCACCACUCCCUGCGAAUCCUCCUCCUUCUUCUGUGGCAUCCUUUGCCGCUACCACUAUGGCACCAGAACUGUCAGAUGCUUCGCUAGCUAACACUGCUGAUAACGCAACUCUGCCACCAGCAUUACCACCCUCUGACCCAGUUGUAAAAGACAAAGUUUAUGAAAUUGACUCCAAACCUAAAGACAGUGCAACAGUUGCCCAAUCUGACAGUAAUGAGCUUUCCCCUCCCGUAGAAAAAGUAAGUGAGGUAACUUCACAUCCUGUUACUGAAAAUGGAAUAGAAAAUAAUACUAAAGAAACCAUUAUUCUCACUACUGUUCCUGUAGAAUGUAACAAGCUUACAGUAGACAAUGUUAAAUCUGAAAAUGAAUUAAUUGAAAAACUUCUUGUUGAAAAGGCGAAAGUAUCCCCGGAUCCGGAGAUGCUUUCUUAUCCACCAAAAAUAAAUGAGGUCGAAAUUUCUUCUUGUAAUGUAAUUAAAGAACUAUUAAAUGACACCGAGGAGAUGUCUACAAAGUUACUGCCAGAAUUACCAGCACCUGCACUAGAAUUAAUUGAAAAAUCUGAGAUACAAAAAGAACACAUCUCCCCAGAAAAGCUGUGUCAACAUUCCGAGAUGGAUGUUACUUCUCCAUCUGAAUUCACUAAAGUCACAGAAAUCGAUAAGGAGAUGGAUCAGGUUACUGUUACUCUAGUAGAAACAGUGAUUGAGGAAAAACUCGAGAAUUCCGAAUCAGAAAUGCCUUCUCCUCCAUCGGAAGAUUUUGUAGUCUCUGAUGACACUGAUGAAAAAAAUACUGAUGAAGACUUACCGGAUCCUCCGCCACCACUAAACGAGGAUGAUUUUCUUUUGGUAAAAAGUAGUGUGUCAGCGAAAAGUGAAACCACUCUAGACAAAACUGAAAUUGUAGUCAAUUCUGAUAACAUACCUGAUAGCGAGGAAACGUACAGCAAACGAGAACACAUAAAAGCCAAUGAAAUUUCAAUAACGAAGUCAACAGACUCUGCGACUGAAAAUUUGUGUGAGGUAGUCGAAUGCAACGGCAACAGUGAGUUCGAGCCUGCUGAAGCGGUGUCCCAAAUUUCCGCCAAGGAAUCCUCUGAAGCAAAACCAGACAUAACAAACUUAAAGUCUGACAUAACCGUGACAAGCCCCGGCGAAUGGACGGCCGUGGGCGACGCGGACGAGUCGCUGCCGACGCCGCCGCGUGAGCUGUGCGCGCCCGCCCCCCCUCAGGAGCUUCCCCCUGUAAGCGACAAAUUAGCGGACUUGAUAUCUGAAGUUCCAGAAGUGCCAGAAUUAAAAACAGAACCGGAGACGACUAGUGGCGAUGCAGCAGUGGCCAACUAA